AGUUUUAAAAAGAGAAAAGAUUCUUCUCCCCUGUCCUCGCUCUUAAAUGGCAAGAAAGGAGACUCUGAUGGGAAGUCCAUAACUGAAAUAAGAGUGGAAAAUAAAAAUAAAUAACGGAACGGAAGAGAGAAAAAAUAAAUAAUAUCACUCAGAAAAUUUCCACAGUUUUUCUUUCUCAUGUUGAUUUAGCCCAUUCGUAGACUUCCUCCGCCUCCGCGCCGCCGUUAGACGCCGCCUCGGCAGUUUCAGCAACCGCCGUGGUGUUCGUCGUCUUCCAAGGCUCGAUUCUCUCCUCUUAUCUGAGAUCUGAAUAGAGAUAUGUUUAAGAAAAUGAGUGCAACAAGCAGCAAGACGGAUCAAAAAGCGGCAUUAGACAUUGCAUCAUGGCUAUUCAAUGUUGUUACUUCCGUUGGAAUCAUCCUCGUUAACAAAGCUUUAAUGGCUACUUAUGGCUUUAGUUUCGCUACAACAUUAACCGGUUUGCAUUUCGGAACAACCACAUUGUUGACAACUUUCUUGACAUGGCUUGGUUAUAUCCAACCUUCUCAGCUUCCUUGGCCUGAUCUUUUGAAAUUCGUUUUGUUCGCUAACUUCUCCAUUGUUGGGAUGAACGUGAGUCUCAUGUGGAAUUCUGUUGGAUUCUACCAGAUUGCGAAGCUGAGUAUGAUCCCGGUUUCUUGUCUUCUAGAAGUUAUGCUUGACAAUGUCAGGUAUUCAAGAGAUACAAAGCUUAGCAUUUUGUUAGUUCUUGCUGGUGUUGCCGUCUGUACUGUAACCGAUGUUAGUGUCAAUCUCAACGGAUUUCUCGCUGCUGCUAUUGCUGUCUGGAGCACCGCGCUCCAGCAAUACUAUGUACAUUAUCUACAACGGAAAUACUCACUCGGUUCUUUCAAUUUACUGGCACAUACCGCUCCAGUCCAAGCGGCAUCAUUGUUGUUGGUCGGACCAUUUCUAGACUACUGGUUGACAAACCAAAGAGUGGAUGCAUACAACUUUUCAUUUGUAUCUCUGUUCUUCUUAAUACUCUCGUGCAGUAUUGCGGUCGGGACCAAUCUCAGCCAAUUCAUCUGUAUUGGAAGAUUCACGGCGGUGUCUUUCCAAGUACUUGGUCAUAUGAAGACAAUUCUGGUUUUGGUUUUGGGAUUCACUUUCUUUGGUAAGGAAGGUUUAAACCUACAAGUAGUGCUUGGAAUGCUCAUUGCGAUCCUAGGUAUGAUCUGGUACGGUAAUGCAUCUUCUAAACCGGGCAGUAAAGAGCGCCGUAGCCUCUCUAUUCCUAUAACCAAGUCACAGAAACUAUCUGAAACAAACGAAUCUGAUGAGGCUGUGUAGAAGAAAGAAGUGAUCGCAUUGACAUAGAAACAAAAACAAGAAACUCAGAUACAAAACAGGUAGAGUUAUCAAAUGGGAUAUUUAUUCAUAAACAAAAAGAAAAAGGGUUUAAAGUAUUUAAUUUCCAGAACUAUAAUUUUCUUUUUUUACAGAGCUUUUUUGUUUUUAUGAAUUUUACCUAUUGAUUAAUCCUUUUUUUGCAUUUUGCAUUUUUUUGCCUAAUUCUCCCAAAAGAAACAUCAUCAUCCAUACGACUGAUAAUAAGAAAAUCUCAAUUUUAUUUUUUAUAACAAA